CACCAUAAAAAACUUACAUCCCUCUUUGUGUAACCUCUUCUCCUCUACUCUCUCUGGUCAUGUGGUGCACAAGGUUCAGAUUCCUUUCCCUUGUGCUUGUGAUCUACUUGGUUUCUCUUGGUGACUCCCUUGCUACUGCCCACAGAGUGGUUGGGAUGAUUGAGAAGAAUGAUGAUGAUGCAAAGGGUGCCAAAAAGUUUGGACUUGAGAUCACAGCUGCUCACAGACUGCCAAAUAUCACCCCAAAGAAGUCAUUGGGCUCAACAACAAAACUGAAUGACAAGACCUCCAGAAGCAAUAGUGCACUGAGGACAAGACCAACAACCACCAUCAAGAAGAGCACAAAAGGGAAUUCAGCUGAAACACUGAAGCCAAAAGCAACUGAACCAUUCUACCAUGGAUCUCAUGAUCCAUUCCAGAGAAUUGGAGCCAAAAAACCAGCAGAUGCAGUCACUGAAAUGUUCAACAUGCUGCACAAGGACUACCACACAACGGGCCGCCGCCGGCCUCCGAUCAACAACAGCAUGCCUUUGAAAGAUCCCCAUGUCAAACGCUAGACAGAUCAGCAAAAUUUGGACAGGAGACGAACUCUUCUACUACUAACUCGAGCCUUUUCUUCUUGGAUAUCUGUUAGAGAACAAUAGGUGUUUGGAUAUAGUAAUCUUCAGUAAUGCCUCCAAGCCUCUUCAGCCCUUCUCUGAGUGGUUAUCUCAAAUCACCAUUGGAGUUGGACAUUUUGGCCAUAAGAUGAGCUUGAGGCUUGUACCAGAUCUUCAACUUCAAUCUUGCAGUAUAAUAUACCUUUCACAUUUACUUCUCCAAGUGCUACUGAUCCUUUUGAGCAGACAGCAUGUUUCAUAGAUAUGAAGAGAGCUGCAGAUUGACAUUUUUCAUCAGGAGAAGCCAGA